AGGCUCUAGCUAUUGCCGGCCGGCUAGGACCGGUGGCACACACCACUCACUACUGUCCACUGCGCCUUCUAUAUCUUCGUAGUCAAAGAGGAGGUAGCUCACAUGGGGACGGCCUCGACAGGCCCGGACACCAUGGAGGCAACAAGGGCCCCCGGCCUCUCCAUCACCGUCGAGAAGAACCCGCCGGAGGCGCGCUUGCUUCAGCUCGGCGUCAAGUCCUGGCCAAAAUGGGGCUGUCCGCCGGGGAGGUUCCCGCUCAAGUUCGACGCGGCGCUGACGUGCUACCUCGUGAAGGGCAGGGUGAGGGCCGCCGUGAAGGGCUCCCGCGAGUGCGUCGAGUUCGGCGCCGGCGACCUCGUCGUCUUCCCCAAGGGCCUCAGCUGCACCUGGGACGUCGUCGUCGGCGUCGACAAGCACUACAAUUUCGACCCCUCCUGAAUUAUGAGCGCCACACGCAUCAUCUCGUUCUCAUUAGUCAUUUCUCACUCUUCCUUUUUUUUCUGACGCCCCAAAUUCCUCUCUCCUCUUUACUGCAACGACAACUACCUACCAUGGUUUAGCUAGCAAGGAUUUGUGUGUUAGCCCUAGCCACAAGCUCUCUCUCUCUCUCUCUCUCUCUCUCUCUCUCUCUCUCUCUCUCUCUCUCUCUCUCUCUCUCUCUCUCUCUCUCUCAGAAGCUGCGAGUCAACAGAGAAAUUUGAUGGCUUGGUCCACAGUUUGAUAGCUUGCAAUAUACUACGGCCAUACUAUUGCACAGAUAUACUAUAUCGUCAGUGACAGCAAUAUAAUGCAGAGAGAUGAUGUUCUUGAUUGGA